CGAUGGCACCAAAACUUGUUCAAGAUAUUUACAAAUUAUUUUGGUUUCGUCUAAAUGUUCAACCAACUUUGUUGUAAAAGAAUAUUUAAAUAUAAUGAACGGAAAUUGGGACGAUGAUGAUGGUAACAUCAAUCAAUUACGUGUUGGUAUUUGUUACUUUCCUCUAAUUGGGCGAGAUUUGGCGUCUCCAAAUAGAAAAGUAUUUAUAGUCGCAAAAGUAUUUUCACGAGUUACCAAUGAGACCGACGAAGAAGUAUGA